AUGCGGGUGGAGGUGGAAUCACUUCGAGCCGAGCUGGCCCGGUGGCAGGGCCGGUGCGAGGAGGGCGAGAGGACUCUUGAGUCGACUCAGAAGGCACUUCGAGCGGAGGUGGCGGAGUGGCAGGGGAAGUGCGAGGAGGGGGAGAGGCAACGAGGGGAGGAGAAGAGUCGCAGAAAAGCUGCUGAAGCCUGCCUUGAGGCCACCAGGGCUGGCGCUGCUGCAGCCGGGGAGGCGGAAGGGGGUGUGGGAGGUGUGGAGGAGGAGGAGAGGAGCGAGAAGAGAGAGAGAAGGGAGAGGAGGGAGAGAGAGGCGAGACUUGAGGCCCGAGUGAAGGAGCUUGAGGAACAGGCGCGAGCUGCAGAUGCAGCACUGGUGGAGGCGAGUGAGGGGGCAGAGAGGGCUGUGAGGGAGCGAGAGGAGGGGGAAAGGAGGGCUCUUCAGGCGGAGCAGGAGAGGGGAGAGGCGGAGAGGGCUAGGCGAGGGGCGGAGGAGAGAGCUGCAGAGGCAGAGGCACGGGCGGUUGCAUCUGAAAAGAAGGCGGUUGAGUUGGAACAGAGAGUGGUUGAAUUGGAAGAAAAGGUGGUUGAGUUGGAAGAGAAGGUGCGUGAAGCAGAGGGGACGGUGAGUGAGGAAGGCAGGAGGAGGGCUGAGUUGGAGCAGAGAGUGGGGGAAGCGGAAGGGAAAGCAGCCGCUGCGGAAUCGCAUGCGAGAGAGGUGGAGGGGAGGCUGGAGCAGGGGGUGGAGGAGGAGAAGAGCCGAGAUGAGAGGGAGAAGGCGAGGAGGGAGGGGGAGAGGGGCGAGUGGGAGGAGGAGAGGAGGGAGAUGGAGAGGAAGUGGGAGGAGGUGAUGGAGGAGGAGGUGGGGAGGAGAGAGGGGAGGAUCAGAGAGCUAGAGGAGAGGCUGAAGGCUCUCAUGCCAGAAUCUCAGGCGUCCCAGUCCCAGGUCCUGCCAUCCGCAUCCGCCGGCGAGGAGGAGGGGUCUGGUGUUGCCCCUGCUGGCGUGGACUCUGCUGACGUGGCGGUCUCGCAGCUGCCUGCUGACGUGGCGCUGCUGCAGCACAAGCUGGAGGUGGCGGUGGGCGAGCUGAAGAGCCUGCGGGCGGCAAAGCGGGCGGCAGAUGCUGAGAUCAUCGACCUGAGGCAGACUCGAGAGGACACCAUUAAGCGAGUGGUGGAGCUAGAAGGCGAGAAGCAAGGGCUGGAGCUAGAGCUAGAGGAGCUCAUGGGGGAGCUGCUGAGGGAGCAGGAGCUGGCAGCAGAGGCGGGUAUGGUGGCGGAACAGGAGUGGCAGCGCCGCCAGGAGGCCGUUAGAGCCCUCGUGCAGCUUGAGAGGCAGCUCAACAGCGCUGGUGCUGCUGGCGCUGCUGGGGAGAACGUCCUGACAGCGGCUGGUUACCAGGUUACGAAUGAGUUGGGGCAGGCUGUGGUGUCUCCCCCUGGAGGGCUGGAACCAGCAGCAGCUGCAGCAGCAGCAGCAACAGCAGCAGCAGCAACAGCAGCAGGAGGGCCGUACCUCAGGAGGGGCCAAUCCGACGUGUCAGCCUUUCACAGACACAUUCCCAGCUCCUCCUCCUUCAAGUUCCAGCAACAGCAGCAGCAAGGGCCGCUAAACCCUGCCCUGCUUGCGGACAGCCCAGACAUGGAAUCAGACUUUCUGGGCACCAAGCUCCCCGAGAUCAAGCGCCGCCUGGAAGCCGCAGCCAUCUCGCCCGCCCCCACGCCUUCCUCCUGCCCCUCCCGCGCUCCCAGGCAGCCCGGGCAGGUCGGGCAGGUUGGGAAGAUGGGGCACCGCAUUUCUCGCUCAGGGUCGUUUAGUGCCACGGCGGCUGCUGCGGUGGCAGCUGCGUUUGCAGAGCCAAUCUCUUCUGCUGUUCCCUCCUCUGAGUCUUCUCUCCCUGCCACCUCUCACGCCUCCUUCUCUCGCCCCGCCCGCCCCUCCGGCUCUCGCCUUGUUGGUGAAGACGCUGCUGCCGCUGCUGAGGCUGUUCUCUCCGCCACGGCAAGAGCUGAGGCUGAGAUGCGCGAGUGGGAGGUGGAGCGGCAUCUCUCGUCUGUGUUUGGCGAGAUUCGGCUGUUUAUGCGGCAGCAGGGGGUGGAGCCGGUGAGGCGGCAGGGGGCGGGCGGGGGAGGGAAGGGCGUGGGGGGCGAGGGAGGGGGAGGUGGGACUGGGGGAGGUGGUAUGUCUACCACCACAGGGCACACCCCUAGGGAUCUGGCGCAGGUUCGGGACGAUCUGAAGGUUCUGGUUGGGGCGGUGGAGGCUCGGGCACGGGCAGCUGCAGUGAAAGAGUUAGGGGUGGUGGCAGCAACAGCAGCAGCAGCAGCAGCAGCUGCUGCCAGUCCUGCGCAUGUCCUCCUAGGUACUAAGGAGACAAGUGCAGCUGUUGCUGAGUCCAAGGCAAGCAACGAGGUUCCAGAGGAUGAAGACCCGUCCACCUUCCUCACAGUACCCCUCACGCCCAUGCGAUCGCCCAUCAUCCGAGUCACCCGCAGCUCCUCCCUCCUCUCCCCCUCCCCCUUCUCCUCCCUCUCCCACCCCUCUCCUUACUCCUCCCUCUCCAACUCCUCUCCCUACUCGUCUUUCACCCACUCCUCCCCAUUCACCUCAAACCUGCCCCCUUUUGCCCGUUCUUCCUCCACCUCCGCCCCCUCCCACAAGCCUGCCUUCCCGCACUCUCCUUCUGUCGCCUCUCCCGCCCCCAGCGUCUCCCCUGCCGCUCUUGCCUCUCACAGCAGUGGUGCUGCUGCAGAGAGGGAGGGGGAUAGGGAGGGGGAGAAGGAGGCGGAUGGGGUGACAGUGGUGGCUGCUCCGCUUGAUCUGCCAGAGCUGGUGGUGGUGGACGAGAAAGACGGGGUGGGAGAGGUGGAUGGAGGGGGAAAGAGAGAUGGCAAGAUGAUGGGAGUUGUGAAGGGGCGAAAGGAUGGAGAGGAGGCACCAGCAGCACAGGCAGCAGGAGGAGCAGCAGCUGAAUCGGCAGGGGAAGUAGCAGGAGAGGCAGCAUCGGAGGAAGAAAAGUUAACAGGAGGGGCAGCGAGUGGGGCAGGUACAGAAGAGGAUAAGGAGGCGAAGACAGAGCGGACAGAGGCAGAGACUGGUGCACAAUUAAACGCUUCAGCAGCACAGCUUGGCCCAUCGAGUGUGGCGGCAUCUGACAGUGAAGCGUCUGGCGGUGCAGCUUCAGUCAGUGCAGCAUCUGGUGUGGCAGUGCUGCCGCCUAAAAGCCCCAUUGCUCACGGCCCACUGGACCUGCAGGAACGUGGGGAUAGGAAGGGAGCUGGGGAGGGGGGAGAGGUGGGAGGGGAGGGAGGAGGAGAGGGAGGAGAGGGAGGAGAGGCGGGGUUGUUGCAGCAGGCUGUGGAAGAUGGGGAGCGGCGACUAAUGGACGCACAGCAGGUAAGUCUGUUUCUGAUGUCGAGUUUGAUCUCUCCUGCUGCUGGUGACGCUGCUGCAGCAGCGACACCUUCUCUGGUUGGGCCUGGCUCGAGAAGCAGGCGAUUGGCUGAUGAAGGGUUUGGUAGUUUGAUAUCACCUGCUGCAGGUGACGCUGCUGCAGCAGCAGGAACUUCCAUGGCUGGGGUUGGGUCUAGGAGCAGGCGAUUGGCCGAUGACGGGCGUGGAAGCAGACGAUUGGCCGAUGAUGGGCAUGUGAGCAGGCGAUUGGCCGACGAUGGGCAUGGGAGCAGGCGAUUGGCCGAUGAUGGCCAUGGAAGCAGGCAAUUGGCCGAUGACGGGCAUGGAGGCAGGAAACAAUUGGAUGGUGGAGUUGGAAGCACUAGUGGCAAGCGAAUGUUGUGGGGAGGAGUCGAGGUGAUUCCAUAUGAUAACGAACCUCUGCUGCUUCUGCGCCAGCCAUUAUCCUCCCAGUCUCUUGGUUGCCGCCAUUCCUUUAGCGAUUCCACUUGUUACAGCUGGUUUUCUUGCGUCCAUUGCAUUGCACCGCACGCAACCAUGUCGGCUCUUAACACCUCCGCUUCUCUAGCCGUCGAUUCCCGGCUCGCCCUCGCCGACCAGACGGUGUUCAAGGGCCAACCAGUGACCGUCUCCGUCGCCGCUCCCGCCAGAAGGGCCGUCGCGACGAGCGUGUCGUGCCGUGCCGAUGGCGACAAUAAGAAUGCGUCGCCCAACUUCGCGGCUCAGCUCGCUAGAGCCGUCGUUCCGGCUCUGUCCUCCGCGAUCUUUGCCGCGACCGUGAUGGGCAUCGCGCCUACAGCUGACGCGAUGCAGAGCUAUCUCCUCACCGGUGGCGUUGCCGCCGCUCAAGCAGAGGAGGUCGCUGUUGUGGAUGAGGCUGCUGUAAACACGCCUGAGGAGCGAGCUCGGCGGCUGGGCGAGCUGCUGCGCAAGAAGCGCGAGGAGCAGGAGGCGAUCGCAGCUGCGGCGCGCGCGGAGGCGGAGAAGAAGGCGGCGGAGGAGGAGGCCGCGCGGAGAUUCGCGGAGGAGAAGAUUCAGGCGCAGAGGCUCUUCGUUAAGCCGGAGCUGAAGCCGUCGAGCACAGUGGCCCCGGCAGUGAAGGAGGUGAAGCAGCAGCAGCAGGACGCGAAGAAGAAGAGCAAGCGUGGCGGCUUGCCGCUCUUCGUGUCGCAGUUCGGCGUGCUCGCCGCGUUUAGCGGUGGCAUCGCAGCUCUCUUUGUGCUGCCGGAUGAGAAGUGGAAGGAGAUUGAGGAGGGUCUGGAGGAGGUGAAGGAUUUUGUGGUGCCCAUCGUGGACGACGUCGUCAUCCCCUUCGCUGAAGCGACAUGGGAGGCCACUCAGGAGUUCGCUGAGACCGCCAAGCCAUACGCCGAAGCUGCGAUCGACGCCGCCAAGCCCGUCGCUGAGGCAGCCCUGGAAGCGGCCAAGCCUGUUGCCGAGGCAGCCUUGGAAGCCGCUAAGCCAGUGGCGGAGCAAGCAGUGGAGAAGGUGAAGGAGCUUACCGAGCCUGUCGUGUCGCAGGUGGAGGAGCAGGUGAACAAGGUGAAGGACGUUGCAGGGCCUGUCGUGAGUCAAGUGGGUGAGUCGGUGGAGAAGGUUAAGGAGGUGGCAGGGCCGGUGGUCAGCCAAGUGCAGGAGAAGACUGCUGAGCUCAUCAAGUCCGUUGAGGGCCCUCCCUCCAAGCCCAAGGCCUGA